AACACUUAGACCUCGAGUCGGAACGCUAUUGACAGCUGCCAAAAUGAGGUAAAAGCAGUUAGACCUACCUGUCCUUUCCCAUGACAUCCUUCAUUAUUGGCGCACAUGCCAACCGCAGUAUACCAACAGAAUGGAGGGACGAUGCAGAUCGCAAUUGCCCAUUCUGCCGUAUUAUCGCAGGCGAAAUGCCCUCGACGCGUCUGUAUGAGGAUGAUAAGGUCAUAGCUAUUCUAGAUAUCCUGCCCUUGAGACGUGGGCACACUCUUAUUAUACCCAAGGCCCAUCAUUCGCGCGUGUCGGAAUUGCCCUUAGAAUAUGCCAGUGCAGUGGGGCAGGCUGUGACGAAAGUGGCGAAUGGACUGACGAAAGUGUUGGGUAAUACUGCGCUCAAUGUGGUGUGCAAUCAGGAGUAUGCGCAAGCAGUGCCACACGUUCACUACCACAUCAUUCCCGCCCCGUCACUUAACUCGAGCGCAAGAGUAGAACCAUCUGAGAAACCGAAGGAGAAUGACAUACCUCUAAGCCGGCGGGAGAUGCACCAGCGAGAAUUUGAGUCGAGGGAGGAGCUCGAUGAGGAUGAAGGGAAGGCCUUGGCUGUGAGGAUACGAGCCAGUCUAUAAUGGUACGGGAAAACGUCCGUCUCAUCUAGCAUUUGAAACAUACCUUAAUCUUAUUGUACUGCUGAUGUUUAUCCCCUCAGACUCUUGCUGCUAUCAUGUUGGUAACACUCCCGAUAGCUUAAGUAUGUACCGGCCAUCUUUGACGAUUGAUUUAUAC